AUGGAGGAGGAGCGCGACCCACUCGCGUCCGGCGGCGGGAUGGAGGCCGACGAGCCCGCGGCCCCCGGGGAGCCGCCGUCGCCGCCCCCGCCGCCGUCGCCGCCGUCCCCCGCGGCCCCCGAGCCCCCCGGGACCCCCGGGAGCCCCGAGCCCGAGCGGCCGUCGGAGGCCUACGCCCGGCAGGUGCUGCUGGAGGAGUGGCGGCCGCCGGGCGGGAGCCUGGAGCUGCCCCCGCGCCUCACCUGGCAGCUGCUCUUCCUGCGGCGGCCGCUCUACCGCAACCUGCUGCGCUCGCCCAACCCCGAAGGCAUCAACAUUUAUGAGCCAGCACCCCCUACUGGUCCCACCCAGCAGCCCCUGGAGACUCUGGGCAACUUCCGCGGGUGGUACAUUGGGACUGAGAAGCUCCAGCAGAACCUCAGCUGGACCGUGAAGCAGCAGUGUGUGGACCUUCUGGCCGAGGGCCUGUGGGAGGAGCUCCUUGAUGACGAACAGCCAGACAUCACAGUCAUGGACUGGUACGAGGACAGCCGGCUGGACACGUGUGUCUAUGAGCUGCACGUCUGGCUGCUGGCAGCAGACCGCCGCACAGUCAUCGCGCAGCACCACGUGGCCCCCCGGACCUCUGGGAGAGGCCCCCCCGGCCGCUGGCUCCAGGUGUCCCACGUCUUCCGCCAGUAUGGCCCCGGGGUGCGCUUCGUCCACUUCCUGCACAAGACCAAGAACCGGAGGGAGCCCGGUGGGCUGCGGCGGACAAGGGUGACCGACUCCUCCGUGUCUGUGCAGUUCAGGGAGUGACCGGCUAACUCCCCGCCUGUUCUGUCCCCUUGUCUCACUUAUCCGCUGCCUUGACACUUUCCUGAUCCCUUAGCACCUCCCUGAUCCCUUAGCACCUCCCUGCCCCUUUGCACCUCCCCGACCCCUUAGUAUCUCCUUGUUCCCUCAUCCCUUCUGACCUCUCAGCAUCUCUUUCACCUCCCUGACCCUUAGAAGUCCCUAGCCCUUAGCACGUCCUUGACCCUUGAGCUCUGUCCUGUUGUCAUAGCGCUUGCUUCCCCCCUCCCCCCACCAUGCACCACACCGCCUGUUCCCUGAACACCUCCGUGACUUCCCAGCUCCUCUUUGGUCGCUGACCACCUCCUGGGCCCCUGACUCCUGCCUGGCCCUUGACUUCCCACUUGGCAUCUUCACGGACCCUGGAAUGUCUUGGACUCUGGCAUUUCUUCUGCACUGUCUGAGCUCCAUGCGGGCUGAGGGCAGCGGAGUUAGUGCUCAACAGAGAGUGGGUGCUCCAGAAGUCUUUGUUGAUGGAUGAAUAAAUUCACGUCCACAAGGA